AGGUUUCUCACUCUAAAAGUUGGGAGAGAGAAUCUGGACGCCAGCGAUGAAGGAGAGAGAUCAAAGCUUCCUCAGGUCAAAGCUGGCAUCUCUUGUUUAAAGCCCUACUUCUCCUCCCCUCUCCUCUUCACUCCUCUCUCUCUCCCCCAAUCCCUCUCUCUGAUUCAAAUCGCCUCUCCUCGCCGUGAGAGGGAAGAUUUCCGGAUUGGAAUUUGAUAGUACUAUGUUUUUCAACCACAUUUGAAGGAGGAGAUAGAGUAGUUUUUAAUGGUUGAUUACUGCAAUCCAUCUAUGGCUGUCGCGUCUCCGUCUUUCGCCGGCGGAGAGAGGAAACACUGGUGGCUCACCAACAAAAAGAUUGUGGAUAGAUACGUGAGGGAAGCCAGAAUGUUGAUUGCGACGCAGGAGCAGAGCGAGAUUACGGCGGCGUUGGGGCUCCUGGAGGCGGCGCUGGCGUUGGCGCCGCGCAUGGAGGUUGCGCUGGAGCUGAAGGCGCGGUGUUUUCUGCACCUCCGGUGGUUCAAGGAGGUGGCGGAUAUGCUGCAGGAUUAUAUCCCGAGCUUGAAAACGGUCGCCUCUGACGAUUCGUCGUCGAGCGCAUCGUCGGACAACUCGUCGACUCAGCUAUCGAGAGAGCGAGUCAAGCUCCUCUCCUCCAGCGGCGACUCACUGAGUGAGGACGAGGCGGCUUUCAAGUGUUUCUCCGUGUCUGAUUUGAAGAAGAAGGUGAUGGCUGGGCUCUGUAAAAACGUCGAGAAGGAAGGGCAAUGGAGGUACUCGAUAUUGGGGCAAGCCUGCUGCCACCUCGGUUUAAUGGAGGAGGCGAUGGUGCUCCUCCAGACCGGAAAGCGAAUCGCCACCGCUGCAUUCCGCCGCGAGAGCAUCUCCCUCUCGGACGACAUCUUCUCCUUUAACAAGUUCCCGCGCUCCGGCGAGAUUCUUGUCAGCAACCAGCCCCAGACUCCGCUGAAGACCGAGUCCGAGAGCAUUUCCCACCUCCUCUGCCACAUCAAGCUCCUCAUCCGCCGCAAGACCGCCGCGAUCGCCGCCCUCGACGCCGGACUCUAUGCCGAGGCCAUCCGCCACUUCUCCAAGAUCCUCGAUGGCCGCCGUGGCGCACCCCAGGGGUUCCUAUCUGAGUGCUACGUCCACCGUGCUACCGCCUUCCACUCAGCUGGAAGGAUCGCGGAGGCGAUCGCGGACUGCAAUCGCGCCCUCGCCCUUGACACCUCGUGUAUCGACGCCCUCACCAUUAGAGCUGGCCUUUUCGAGACCAUCCGAUGCUUGCCGGACAGCCUCCAUGAUUUGGAGCAUUUGAAACUGCUCUGCAACUCAAUUCUUCGAGAUAGGAAACUGCCCGGCCCCAUCUGGAAGCGGCACAGCGUUCAAUACAGAGAGAUUCCCGGCAAAUUGUGCUCUUUAGCAACCAAAAUUCAGCAGCUGAAGCAGAGGGUUGCCGCUGGAGAAACUGGGAAUGUAGAUUACUACGCAUUGAUCGGAUUGAGAAGAGGGUGUUCGAGGUCAGAGCUUGAAAGAGCUCAUCUCCUGCUCACGCUUAAACACAAGCCAGAUAAAUCGUCGAGUUUCAUCGAGAGGUGCGAGUUUGCAGAUGAGAAAGAUAUCGAUUCUGUCCGUGAUCGGGCAAAAAUGUCGUCCUUGUUGCUGUAUAGGUUGGUGCAGAGGGGAUACACUAGUGUAAUGUCGACAAUUUUGGAUGAAGAGGCGGCUGAGAAGCAGAGGAAGAAGGUCGUAGCCGUUCAGCAGCCUCCGCCAAUGCCGGUGGCAGAGGAGAGCAAGGCCAUCAAAACUCCACCACCUUCAGUUUAUCAAGGCGUUUUCUGCAGGGAUAUUGCGGUUGUCGGUAAUCUGCUGGCGCAGGCUGGUUUCAACCGUCCGAUUCCGGUGAAAUACGAAGCUUUGAGCUGUUGAUUUAAGUGAUAAUAAAAAAAAGGGGGGGGGGAGUUGAAUAAUGUUGGUGGUUUUGAAAUGUUAAUAGACCGGCGGGAGAAUCAGAUUCUGGUGGCAAUGUACAAAUUGUUAAACCUAUAGUACUACCCUCCCAGGAUAAAAAUUUUGUUACUUUUAUUUAUGCUAUCUCUGUGUAUGUACAGAUUGAAUUUCAAUAUUCCAGUAGUUUGGAAAAAGGCAUUGUCGUAAUUUGAGAUGAUAGGUUGGCAAUUAAUGAAAUGCAUAUGCAAUAGGAGAAGUGAGAGUAUUGUUGCCUUUA